UGUCGUUGUCGCAUUAGGACUCGCGUAACCUAAAAUCAGAGCCACACUCUCCCGCACCUUCCUUCUCCCUCCCCUCCCACGACAUCCUGAGAUUCCACUCCAUUCAUGCGGAUCGGCCCGAUCGCCUCCGACGAAUCCGAUCCCUCCCUCCGGCGACCGCCGUUCGCGCCUCCUCCGGAUUCCGCCAUCUCUUGAAGGCCCUCCUCGCCGAUCGAGCGCGGGGCGAGAUACGCCUCCGGAGGGAGGGGCGGAGGGGCCAUGGCGUCGUCGGGGACGCUGAACCUGAUCGAGCGGGCCCACCAGAUGUACCGCGACGGGCGGUACGAGGUGGCGCUCGGGUUCUACACGGAGGCCCUCGCCAUGGCCAAGACGAAGCCCCAGAGGAUCGCCCUGCACAGCAACCGGGCCGCUUGCUAUCUCAAGCUGCACGAUUUCAAAAAGGCAGCUGAAGAAUGUACUUCUGUGCUUGAGCUUGAUCACAAACAUACAGGAGCACUGAUGCUACGGUCGCAGACCCUGGUUACCUUGAAGGAGUAUCACUCGGCGCUCUUUGAUGUGAAUAGACUCAUUGAGUUGGAUCCUUCAUCAGAGGUGUACAGGAACCUUGAAUCUCGUUUGAGGACCCAACUGUCAUUGGCUCCAAUACCUGAAUCUGAGGCAGAGCUAGAAGAAGAUGAAGAAGAAGGAGAAGGAGAAAUUGAAGUUGAUAUCAAAGGAGGUGAAGCAGAAAUUCGUCGACAUGUAGGACUUAAUUCCGCCGGUGCAGCUCAAGGAACAGAUCAGGAAAAUGAGUCUGACACGACAUAUCUUGCUCAGUCUGUCUCUAGUGAAAUACAGCCUGAGAGGAAAUCAUUUGAACAAAUAGAUGAUGAAAAGGCUGUUCACGUUGAUACUAUUCCUGCGACAGGAGUCAGUGUCCCUAAUACCCAAGGCACUAAGGAUGACUCUAAAGGAUGGCAAGCAAUCCCUAAACCAAAGGGACACUCAACGCUGGACUAUGCUCGUUGGGAUAGUGUUGAAGAUAAUUCUAGUGAAGAUGAUGAUGACGACGAUGAUGAUGAGUGUCAGUAUCGCUUCCGCGUAAGAACAGUCGGUGUCCGUCCAGUGAAAUGAUUUCCCGUUUACUCAAAGAUGUAUCUGAUCCCUACAUUUUUCAUGGGAAAGAGGUUAUCAAGUCAUAGCUGUGCAGAUCAGGUGACUUUAUUCAGAUAAAAAGAGCUUUUCCCGAUUUCAGUCCCUUUGAGUGAUGUGCGCAAUAUUUAUUAUAAUUCCCAUGGUGUACAAAAUGGAGAUCAAUCUUUUAGACCGGGUUCUCAAUUCUGUUUUGAUCGUCUGUGCAGUUACGUUCUUGUACAGGAAAUAAGGGGGAAGUUAUUGUAGUGUGAUUGAGAUGUUGCAUUGUGUUGACUUUGAUUAGCUGGAUGUUGAAUUAUCAGAAACUUGUCUAUUCAUUUGAUCAAAGCUUCUGAAGUGUUUCAUGUAAUCAAGUGCCUGAAUUCAUAUACAAAUGAAGCAACUUUCUAGUUCA